AUGAUCGCCAUCUGUACAGAAGUUAAGGCACGCUAUCAUAUAGCUGUCUCUACUCGAUUUGUGGAGCGUGUUAGUGGAACAGUGGAAAAUGUUACUGCAGAGAGUGUAUAUCGUCGUGCCCUCAACGAAAACCUUAAGGAUAUUACUGAUGUGGGAACAAUUCCAUAUGGUUUGGCUUCACAAGUGAGCGCUGUUCUCUCAGCUCCACUUGUACUUCAAGUCAACAGCUCUAGGGACGCUACACAGCCUCUUAGACCUUGCGCCGAUACAACCGAGGAAGAGAUGACAUUCGGUGCUGCAUUGCAAAAAAAUACCAAUACACGUCUUUUGCGUCUUGUGCUUAGCGAUGGACAUGUGGAAAUACCAGCAAUUGAGCUUUCUACUCUUCACAUAUUUCGAGGCAUACCUGUACCAGGAGAGAAACUUCUUAUUAAAGAAGGAGCAGAGGUAAAAAAUGGUGCUAUUAUUAUGACAGAUGACUGUAUUGAGCCUCUAGGAGGGGAAGUACAGCAGUUGAAAAGAGAAUUCCUAGCCCUAAGAAAUAGAUCUGAUAUUCCUUACCAGACCAGUACGGGUUUGGAAGCUGCGCCUCGUUUUCAGCCUCUCCAUUUUGGUACUGCGGCUGCAGCCACUGUACCUAACAGGACACAAGUAAAUGGAAAUAGAGGAGCCUCUGUUUACAACAAAAACAACAACGGGAAUCGAGGGAGAGGCAGAGGGCGUGGCUACCACGGUAGAAAUGGCUCCGGUCAACGUCAGAAUGGUCCCAAUAUCACUUCUCGUGGCGGACGUCAAGAUCAAUCACGAGGUCAUAACCCGCUCUAA